AUGGCCGCCGAACCAAAGGUCGCAGUUGUCACAGGAGCAUCUUCGGGGAUUGGCAAGGCCUCUGCCAUCGCCCUUGCGAAGGCAGGAUGGUCCCUCGUCCUGUUCGCGCGGCGCACAGAUGCUCUCCGCGAGACACAGGCAGAGUGUCCCCAUCCUGAUAAGGUCUUGCUGAUUACGGGUGACGUCACCAGUGAAGAGAGCGUUAUCGAGCUCUUCCAAACUGCAGUGCAGCGGUUCGGGCGAAUCGACCUCUUGUUCAAUAAUGCUGGCAUAUCCCAUUCGGCCUCGCCGUUGGACGAAAUUUCACUUUCGACGUUCCAGAACAUCGUCAAUAUCAACGUGAUUGGAACUUUCCUCUGCACCAGAGAAGCAUUCAAGAUAUUUAAGGCACAAUCUCCUCGGGGCGGUCGAAUCAUUAAUAAUGGCUCCAUCUCUGCACACUCGCCACGGCUGCAUGCCGCAGGGUACACCACGACCAAGCACGCCGUGCUCGGCCUCACGCGCGCAACUGCGCUCGACGGAAGGCAACUCAACGUCACUUGCACGCAGAUCGACAUUGGGAACGCGUACACCGACAUGGCCGCAGUCAACCAGACCGGUGCCCUGCAGGCAGACGGGAGUGUGAAGGCGGAGGGCACGUUUGACGUGCGACACGUUGCGGACACGAUCGUCCAUAUUGCGAGUCUGCCGCUGGAUGUGACUGUGCUGAACUUCAAUAUCUUGGCUACCACCAUGCCCUUCGUCGGCAGGGGAUAA